UGUGUAAAAUCAACUACCGACAGGAGCAAACCGAAUUCUACCUACAAGUUCGAUCAGCAUGUUGACCAAGAUUGCGACAUUUGUGGCCGUCAUCAGCCUGGCUCAAGCUGGUCUACUGCCCGCGAAGACAACCGGAAGUGGGGACAGCUAUGACUCGCAUCCGCAGUACUCAUUCAACUAUGAUGUUCAGGAUCCAGUGACCGGAGACGUCAAGUCGCAAUCGGAGUCUCGGGAUGGCGAUGUGGUCCGCGGUCAGUACAGCGUGAAUGAUGCCGAUGGCUACAGACGAACCGUGGACUACACCGCCGAUGACGUCCGCGGAUUCAACGCAGUGGUGCGUCGGGAACCACUGUCUGGUGACGCGCUGGUUGCGGGGGUGGCUCCCAAAGUUCAGCUCCAGCCUCUGAAGAAGUUGCCCGCCCUGAAGCCGCUUUCCCAGGCAUCGGCUGUGGUGCACCGCUCCUUUGCUCCGGUGAUCCACCAUGCCCCAGUGACCCAUGUCGUGCACCACUCCGCUCCAGCGCACUCCUUCGUUUCUCACCACGUUCCUGUGCUGAAGACCACCGUGCACCACGCUCAUCACCCCCAGGCCAUUUCCUAUGUGUUCUAGAGCCCCAAUAAAUCUCUUGAAACCAAA